ACCAACCCAGAUGAUACUACAGCUGGAGCUUCUGAAGCGCUUCCCAUGAAAUGACACAAAAGAUGCGCAGAGACGCAGAGACGCCGCUUCGGUUCGGUUCGGCGGAACACACUGAUAUAAGUUAAAGCGCGUGUCAUGAGUGAAAGAGACCGAUGCUGUUUAUGUGCCACAAGUUUAUCCAGCUUACGCGGGCCUGAAGGAGAAGAUGUGGCCUUUAGCUGUCGGGCUAAAGUAGAAGCCCAUCAGCUGUUCGCCUCUCAGGGAGAUAAAGCGAUGUAGCUGGAUCUGAAGCCGCGGAAAGCGACGGACUUUAAUGACAGAAUGAAUCUGAGGAAGUCUCGGAGUCUCGGAGCUUCUUCUCCGCUCAACGGUUUCGGAAAACAAGAUGCUGAGUCCAGACGGAAGAGGAAGAUGGCGGAGAUCUCGCAGGCGCUGAACUCGACGCCCGCGGAUGUGGCCGCUCUGAGACGCAUGGCCAUCAGUGAAGGAGGUCUGCUGAACGACGAGAUCCGCCGCCAGGUGUGGCCCAGACUGCUCAACGUGUCUGUGGAAAACAUACCUGAGCAACUAGAGCCGGUCGAUCGAGACAAUAACAAGGACUUCAACCAAGUGCUUCUAGAUGUUCAGAGAUCCCUCCGACGCUUCCCUCCAGGGAUGCCAGACGAGCAGCGGGAAGGCCUUCAGGAGGAGCUGACUGAUAUUAUCCUGCGGGUGCUGGUGAAAAACCCACAGCUGCACUAUUAUCAGGGUUACCAUGACAUCGUGGUGACCUUCCUGCUGGUGCUGGGGGAACGACUCGCCACUGCCCUGGUGGAGAAACUCUCCACUCACCACCUCAGGGACUUUAUGGACCCCACUAUGGACAACACCAAACACAUCCUGAACUACCUGAUGCCCAUAAUCGAGAGAGUCAACCCUGAAGUGUACGACUUCAUGCAGCAAGCCGAGGUCGGCACCAUUUUCGCCCUCAGCUGGCUCAUCACCUGGUUCGGACAUGUGCUGUCAGAUUUCCGUCAUGUGGUUCGGUUGUAUGACUUCUUCCUGGCCUGCCAUCCCCUCAUGCCCAUCUACUUUGCUGCUGUGAUCGUGCUGCAUCGAGAGGAGGAGGUGUUGGACUGUGAGUGUGACAUGGCCAUGAUGCACCAUCUCCUGUCCCGCAUCCCAGAGGACCUGCCGUACGAGACGCUUAUCAGCCGCGCCGGAGAUCUGUUCGUCCAGUUCCCUCCGUCUGAGCUGGCCAGAGAGCGCAAUCAGCUGACUGCCGUCUCCACCUUCAAAGACUUCGAGCUGGCGUCGACGCAGCAGCGUCCGGACACAGUGCUCCGGCAGAGACGGAAAGAGCUGCAGCACGCACUGGAGGCACAGCGAGGAAGCGUAGCAGUCGUCCAGCCCACGGCGCGCCGCUUCAUGCGUCUGGCGGUCAUGGGGUUGACUGUGGCACUGGGGGCCGCCGCUUUAGCCGUGGUAAACUCUGCCCUGGAAUGGGCUCCGAAACUAGACUUACUCUUCCCGUGAAGGAGCCAAACCACA